CGGACGGGCAAUCAUUUCUCGUUCCACAACUGACCAGUUCGCGUCGUCAAUACAGAAGAAAAAGUUUCGCGCUCACCUCAAAGUUUCGCGUUGUGUGCAGAGUCGUGUUCGCAAAAGCAAACAAAACAACCAACCUAACCGGAUUACGCAAUUGUUCGCGGAUUCCCAUCAUCGCCCCGAGCGUUAGUGCCUGUAGUGUGAACACAAUACAAACAACAACCAUGGUUAUUGCGGCGGUUAGAGAGCCGGUGAGCCUGUGCUUACAAGUGCCAUCGUUUGAAUACAAGAAGAGCAAUGGGGGCUCCUCGUCGGAAGCAAGUGGUAGUGAAAGCCUCAGUGAAGUGGAGAUAGGACUGGCAGCGAAGCACGCGUUGCUACUCGCCAAAAUCGAGAACCGGCUGAUAAUGGGCCUAUCGGAUGCGAUUAGCAAUCUGGCCAAGACGCCCGAAGAGUUUCUGUUUUGCUUUAUGGCACCACCCAAGCCCGGAGACAGUGCCACCCACAUGCACGAGGUGCUGCUGCAGGCGUUUUGCUUCGAGAACGAUAUUUACAUAAUUAAGGUUGACAGUGCAGCAAAACUAAGCCGACUGCUUGGCUCCAGCACGGUGCAAUCGUGUGCCCUGAUCCAGAAGAAUUGGUCCCCGGACCACCAGACCGAGGUGCUCUCCAAGGUCGAAGACAAACUCGUAGACUACUGCGAAGAACACUGGGAGGCGCCCAUCAAGCCAAUUAUCAAACUACCGGAGAAGUAGGCCUCGGACGUGCCCCAAGGCCUACCACGAUGCCAGUGCCAGCCUGAUGGAUCCAGAUCAAAACCAAAAAAAACCCGCUAAAAUCUGCGACGAGAAGAGCGGAACAUUUCCCAACUGCGUGGAAUCCGUUCGUUCGUUCGUGCGUUCGCUCGGUGAUACGAAAUGCAAAUUAGCACAGCACCCAUGUGCUAAAACCACCAUGAGCCCAGGUCGUGUGCAAAGCUUUAAUCUUUGGGAAUUUCCCCAUUGGCGGCCGGAUAAUUGUCGAACAAGAAAAAAAAACGACAGCGGCAGUGUGCAGCUUCUGUGUGGUGCUAAAUCGUAUCAUUGACAAAGUUUGUGAUUUUGGCUAUUAGUGUAGUCGUGACGGAAAAGAACAGACAUUAGUCCAAGCAAUUUAGAAGUGUUUUUCAAAUGAUUACCAAAAACUGAUGAAACAGUUUUCAAGCUAAAUCCAGUGAUUAAAAAUUGUAUAAAAUGCUUUAUAUUAAAUUGAGCCCCAAGAUGAUUUACAAUAUAGAAUCAACUAACUGAAACUUAA